GCUCCCUUUUCGCCGACGACGGAUAGGAAAGCCUCUGACGAGCUUAUACACAACCCAAAUCGCCCAUCAUGUCGAGGAUAUUAAUGGGAAGGGCCCUUAGGGGCGCCAAGGCGUCGGUGUGGGAUCAGCCGGCGUGCAUGGCCCAGCAGCAGCAGCAGCGGUCCUUUGGUCAGACGCCUGCCCGUCAAAACCCCCAAGUCCUCUUCGACAAGACCACGACGCCCGGCCUCGGCCCGAUCCUCGAGGAGAUCCAGACGAACAUCAUCCUCCCCUACCACCUCCCCAUCCACCAGCGCAAGCGCGUCUUCUCCGAGAAGCUCAAGCACCGCCUCAAAAACGACCCCGUAUACCUCGAGAUCGAUGGCCUCGAGCACCGCUUCAACCACAUCAACGAGGAGGCCCUGCCCCCCUCGCGCGACAUCACCUGGAAGGCCCUCCGCGCCAUGGAGACCCCGCAGGACUGGAACAACUUUGGCCGCCUGCUCUCGGGCAUGCGCACCGCGGGGCGCCACUACAGCCAGACGGAUUUCGCAAAGAUGAUUCGCAUCGCCGGCCAGCAGGGCCAGAUCUACACCAUCAUCGAGGCGGCGAGACAGGUCCGCAAGACGGGGAUGAAGCUCGACAACUCGGAAAAGGUCAACGAGGUGCUGCAUUUCGUGCAGAUGCGCGCCGUCGAGAGCGAGUGGGACCAGGAGAAGACGAAGCAGGCGCUGCGGUGGGCCGAGAUCGUGCUCGAGAUGCUCGAGGACAAGGGCCACGCGCCCAACGCCCGCAAGCUCAGAAAGAGGCAGCUCGCCCAAGAGGGCGCCGCGACUCCCGAGCAGGAGCGCUUCGCCCUCUACAACGACCCGCAGAUCAUCGGCGCCGCGCUGCACCUGUCGGCGGUGCUGGCCGUCAAGCACAACGACAGCAAGGACGUGGACGGCAAGGUCGGCCGCCUGGCCAGGAAGCUCGUCGACCGGUGGCCCGCCGGCAAGGGCCUGCUGCAGCUCCACCCGGCCGAGGCGUACGCCGACCGCGUCGACGGCGUGGCGUACCUCGUGCACAGCCGGACGCAGUACCUCUCGUACGCGAGCCCGAUCCUGCACGGCCUGUUCCUGGCCGCGCGCGUGGUGGAGAAGCCGAUCGCGGACCGGCUGAAUGCCAUUGCGGCGGCGUUGGGGCCCGAGGUCAAGGAUGUUGCUGAGAACCAGACGUUCCCUGCUGAGCGCGGGCUCAAGACGUACAAUGCGCUCUUCGGGUCUGAGUAAGCACAUGAUGUGUAGGAUGAAGCGAUGGCUUGGGAGAGGGCGGGAAUGACGUGUGAUAAUAGCAAGGCAUGGGGCAGAUGAUGGAAACGGG